AUGGCGAAAGCAGACGGCGGCAAAGGAGCUGGAGAGUGGGAGGUUUGGGCCGAAGGUGAUGAGGAGGAGAGAGCGGGAACCAAAAAAGAGGCGGAGGAGGAGGCGGGGCAGGAAGCAAGACCAGAAGGCUCUUCGGGAUCCUCAGCUUGGCUGAUGCUGUGCCUCACGACAGUGGUCAGCGGCGCCGAUCUGGAGGAGAAGGAUGCCCUUUGUCACCCGCACGGGUGUUUGGCUGUCUUCACUCAGCAGAGAACCUUCCGGGAGGCGGGGCGCAGCUGCCGGGAGCGCGGCGGCACAUUGGCGACGCUUCACGACCGGCAGGCCGCUGACGCCGUACACCGGCUACUGGCGGGGGCUGAACCGCACGGCACCCGGUUGCGUCUGCGCCUGUGGAUCGGACUGCACCGGGCACCUCGCCAGUGCUCUGCCGUGCGUCCGCUGCGAGGGUUCGUAUGGGUCACAGGGGACCAGGAGGGUCAAUUCACCAACUGGCUACGUGAGGAGGCCCCGGGUUCUUGCGCGGCACCACGCUGCGUGGCCAUGACAGUGAAUACAGCAGACAGCGCCCGCCAAAACACUGACAACUUCAAGUGGUUAGACGGUUCAUGCGGUCUGGCGCUGGAUGGCUUUGUGUGCCAGUACCCCUCCAAGGGCAUGUGCCCCCCUCUGGAGGACGAGGGUCAAGGGGCCGCCGUUUACUCCACGCCGUUCCAUCUGAACAGCCGUGUUCUGACCCACGUGCCUUAUGGCUCUGUAGGCACCAUUGCUUGUCCGAGCCGGCCGACAGACGCCGACGCCCCCAGUGAGCAGACGGUUCUGUGCACCGAGAGAGACGACGGAACGGUGGGCUGGUCCCAGGACGCGCCACUCUGCGGGGCCGACGUGGAGUCGGCCAACCAGGACUGGUGUAGCAAAGACCACGGGUGCGAGCAGUACUGCCAGAACACGGACACGGACUACUAUUGCUACUGUUCCGAAGGAUAUGCGCUCGCCGAGGACGGCUACAACUGUGUGCCAGACCCCUUGGGGCCCACGGACCACCCUGAGCGUGCUUCUUCAGAUGCCUCCGCACCCAGCGAGGCGUCCCCCCACAAAGAAGCCUGCCGGGCCAUGGGCUGUGAGCACGACUGUGUGGAGACAGCUCGGGGGGCCCGCUGCACCUGUCCUCCGGGGUACCAAAUGGGCCGGGACGGGCGUGGUUGUUCCGAUGUGGACGAGUGCCAGCAGCAGCCGUGCUCACAGGUGUGCGUCAACGUACCCGGAACUUUCCACUGCGCCUGUCACGCUGGUUACCAGCAGGACGACGAGGGCGAAUGCGUGGAUGUAGAUGAGUGCGAGGACGAGGCGACCUGCGAUGGCCCCUGCCAGAACACCGAGGGCUCCUUCACCUGCGCCUGUCGCUACGGUUAUCAGCUGUCGGACGCCGGCGCGUGCCAGGACGUGGAUGAGUGUGUAGGGGCAUCGCCCUGCCAGCAACAGUGUCUCAACUUCGAGGGCAGCUACCAGUGUUACUGCGACGACGGCUACGAGCUGCAGGGCGACGGACUGAGCUGUCUGCUGAUGCCGGCUGACGAAGAAUACUCGACUCUGACCCCUGACUCAACCGACCCGGCCCAAGUACCUGAAUUGGACCGCGAGAGCCAACGCACCGCUUGGCCCCACUUUGAUGUCCAAUUGCCAACAAAUGCCCCUAAAGCUCGGGGAUCUGAUGAACAUCUGAACCGAUGGGACGCCCCCUCGUCGAGGCGGUACAGAACAGAGCGAACGCCGGUGCAGAGGGACGAGGUUGGGAUCGACCCCGAGGCUGAGGGUCAAGAAGCCGAAGGCGAUCGCGACAAGAGCAAACAUGACAAGAGUUGGCUGCUGGUGGCGUUGUUGGUACCGCUUUGCGUGUUCCUGGUAGUGAUGUUGGCACUGGGCAUCGUCUACUGCACUAGCUGCGCCGUGGACAAAAACAUGCGGUUGUCUGAAUGCUGCCGAUGGAUCCUUCCCACGUCGAACACCAACGGCGCCGAGCCCAAAGGACAAGCGUGA